GUGAAGGGUUUCAGUGCUUUUGAUUAGCCUCCUGCUCCAAUCCGAGUAGAAGCUUCGGGAUUUUAGGGUAUUUAUCUCUCUAGAACCUGUCGAGCGAAAUCAAUGGAGGGGAUUACAGAGGGAGUGAACAACAUCAACAUCAACAUCUCUGAUUCUUCUGCCCUCAACAGGAGGAACCGUAUCCAAGUCUCCAAUACCAAAAAGCCCCUCUUUUUCUAUGUCAACCUCGCCAAGAGAUACAUGCAGCAAUUCAAUGAGGUGGAACUCUCUGCGCUUGGGAUGGCUAUUGCUACAGUUGUUACAAUUGCUGAGAUAUUGAAGAACAAUGGACUGGCUGUUGAGAAGAAAAUCACAACAUCUACUGUUGACAUGCGGGAGGAAUCAGGUGGAAGACCUGUUCAGAAAGCAAAAAUUGAAAUUCUACUUGGUAAGUCCGAGAAAUUUGAUGAAUUAAUGGCUGCUGCCGCUGCAGAGGAAGCCUUGGAUAAUGAGGAGCAGAGCUGAGAUAAAAUCUGAAUUUACCCUCUUCUUAUUCUAGCUAAUUUUGGUGUGGAUUGACAUUUUAGUAGUUACCAAGGAUUUUCUUCUAUGAAUUUUUGUAAAAUACUAUGCCUAUUUUGUUAUUUAUAAAUUCAAAAUUUAUUGUUAGUGCCUCCACAUGCAUGGAGUACCUGUAGUUAUACCAAACUGCUUUCAUUUUUUUUCUCUUUAGAAAUUUACUAAAUUUGCUAUAUUUUU